UCUUGUUCGAAAAUUGUGGCACGUUUAAAAAUUGAGAAAUUCGAAGAUCUUUUAUCGAAAAUAAUACUCAAGAUUUGAAUCUUACUGCAUAAGUAUCGAGAAAUUAGGAUUCCUAAAUCACAAUCUGGUAUCUGGUCAUCUUCGAUAGUUUUCAUCCAGUACUCCAAUGAGUGCAAUAGUUGCUCCACGCAAAGAAGCAAAAAAAGAUGAAGAGACUGAAGAAGACAAGGAACUUCAAGUUGAGCUGAAACUUCUAGUCAACAAAAUAACUGGAAAUGAUCAAUCAUUGAUACAACCAGCAUUAGAUAUGAUGAAAUAUUUGGUCCGUACCUCAACGACUUCAAUGACUUCUGUACCAAAACCUCUGAAAUAUCUAGCUAUUUAUUAUGAUGAUUUGAAAUCAACUCAUCAGAAGAUGGGUAAUGGACAAAUGAAGAAAAGUCUUGCUGAUGUGAUUUCAUUAUUAGCUAUGGGAACUGCAGGAGGAGAAGCAGCGAAGAAAAAUCGUGAUUGCCUAAUAUAUUGUCUGCAAGGGACAAUGAGCGAAAUAGGCGACUGGGGCCAUGAGUACAUCCGCCAGCUGGAAAAAGAAAUCGUCCUCCAGUGGUCCUUCAACUGCGAAAAGGCCGCUGACACCCUAGUCGCGCUCAUCCACGACAUCGUCGCUUUCAAUUGCACCCACCACGCCGAAAUCCAGGCGUGCGAUUUGCUGAUGGAGGUCGACCUGCUGCACCUGUUGCCGGCCUACGUGUCUAAGACCAACUACCAGCGGAUGUGCCUCUAUCUGCUGUCCUGCUCCAAGUAUGUUGAUGAUGUGGAAAGGGCCAAAAUCAUGAGGUUGGUGGGCGAGCAGUAUUUAAGGUUCGGGGAGCACACCAGGGCGAUGAUAACGGCCAUCCAGAUGAACGAUUCGGAGAUGGUUGAUAGGAUUUUUUCGGUUUGUACAGACAGAGUCACUUUAUAUCAGUUGGCAUUCAUUUGCGCACGCCACAAUUUUCCAGUGAAGCUAGACCAAGAUAUGGAACAUUCUGAAAAAAUUGAAAAUAUUUUGAGCAACUCCCAUUUGAGUACAUAUUUUCUAACACUAGCAAGAGAGUUAGACAUCAUGGAACCAAAAUCACCGCAAGAUGUUUACAAAUCAUGGUUGGAACCUAUCCCACCUCGGUUGAUUAUUCUUGGAGAAAAUCUAGACAGUGCACGACAAAACCUUGCUUCAUCUCUAGUUAAUGGUUUCGUGAAUGCCGGCUUCGGCAGCGACAAACUCCUCACGGUGGACGGCGGCAACAAGUGGAUCUACCGCAACAAGGAGCACGGCAUGCUCAGCGCCACCGCCGCCCUUGGGCUGCUCCACCUGUGGGACGUCGACGGCGGCCUGACGCCCAUCGACAAGUACCUCUACUCGGCAGACGACUACAUCAAGUCGGGGGCGCUGCUCGCGCUCGGCAUCGUGAAUUGCAGGGUGAGGAACGAGUGCGAUCCGGCGUUGGCGCUGCUCGGAGACUAUGUGGCGGCGGAGAGCGAGGUGCUGCAGGUCGGCGCCAUUUUGGGGCUCGGCUUGGCUUAUGCCGGCACCCACCGGCAAGACGUGAUCGAGCUGCUGCUGCCGCUCGUCCCCUCCGCCAAAUCGCUGGAAGUUGUAGGCGUGGCCAGCCUGUCGUGCGGCCUCGUGUCCGUCGGCGAGCCGAACAACCAGGUGUCCGCCACCGUGCUCGACAGGAUCAUCGAGCUGAACGGCACGGAGGCGCUGCGGUCGCCCCACCUGCGGCUGGUCGCGCUCGGCCUAUCCUUGUGCUAUUUCGGGGUAAGAGAUGCUGUCGAUGUGCCUACGGAAGCGACCAAUAUUUUGGAGGAGCCCUUCAAGACCUUCAUUCAAACUAUGCUGUUGAUGUGCGCUUAUGCUGGAACAGGGGAUGUGCUGAUCAUUCAGGAGCUGUUACAUAUAGUAGGGGAAAAGGUCGACUUGCCGAAGAAAGAGAAAAAGGACAAGAAGGAGAAGCGAGAGAGGAAAGAUAAGAAGGAUGGUAAGGAGCAGCCUGCUGAUAAUCAGGACAAGGACGGCGUGACGUCGAUAAAGGCGCCAAAGAAAACCGAGUGGGAUCAUUCGAUGGGUCAAGCGAUGGCCACUUUGGGCGUGGCUGUGGUUUCGAUGGGAGAAGAUAUAGGCGUCGAAAUGGUCCACCGCAUCUUCGGCGACAUCGUCCGCUACGGCGACCCUUCGGUGCGCAAGGCCUGCCCACUCGCCCUCGCCCUUUCUUCGGUCUCCCGCCCACACCCAGCCGCCGUCGACCUGCUCACCAAGCUGGCGCACGACCACGAUGAAGAGGUGGCCGUGAACGCGGCGUUCGGCUUGGGCCUGAUCGGCGCCGGCACGAACAACGCUCGAUUGGCUGCGGGGCUUCGUCAGCUGGCCGUCUACCAUGCGAGGAACCCGGCGCAGCUGUUCAUGGUGCGGUUCGCGCAAGGCCUGGUGCACAUGGGCAAGGGUACGCUGACAUUCGAGGCGUCGCACACCGAUCGGAUGCUGGUCGAUCCGUUGACCAUGGCAGGCCUCCUGGCGCCCCUCGUCUGCCUCCUCGACCCCUACCCGCUCAUCCUCGGCCAGUCGCCCUACCUGCUCUACCUGCUGUCGGCCGCCCUGCAGCCGCGCUGGCUGCUCACGCUCGACGCCGACUUGAACCCGCUGCCCGUGGGCGUGCGCGUGGGGCAGGCGGUCGACGUGGUGGGCAAGGCGGGCACGCCGAAGACCAUCGCGGGCGUGCGCACACACACGACGCCCGUGCUGCUCGCUGGCGGGGAGCGGGCGGAGCUGGUCAGCGAUCGGUUCGAGGCGGCUGGGAUGACGCUGGACGGGAUUUGCGUAUUGAGGCAGGUGGAGGAGUGACGAUGUGUGUGAUGCGGUUUGAUUGGAUACACUGAUCAGCAAAAUUGUGAUAAACUAUCUCUUCUAUCCAUUGACUUGUGACGGUAAUUGUAAUGAGUGGCAAUUUUUGACCAUUUGAAUAAGACACUGUUAUGUCA